AUGGGAGCCAAUGUACCAGCCGGUUCGCUGCUAGACGUCGCAGGGACGCCCAUCUUUGCAUCCUCUGCCCUGUCCAGAAGCGCACUGGGACCAUCAAACCCUAGCAUAUUCCUCCGGGUCGCCAUCACCCCUAAUGAUCAGGUACGAUACAAGACAACGCUUCAGGUCCCAUCUGACAUGUACCUCGCCGAUGUUCUCGAGACCAUCUGUCGCAAGAGACAUCUCGCGAGUCCCGAUGAGUGGGCGCUUGUGGUCCCAGAUAAGGACAUCGUCGUGCCUCUGGACCGCACAGUGGAGAGUUUGCAAGGAAAUCAUGACCUUGCCUUGGUUCGACGCUCCACUCUUGGAGCUCAGGGUGGCUUUGGCGCGCUAACAGGAUCCAGCACCAAUCCGAAUGGUAAGCGAUGAGACGGUCAUUCUGGACGGAAUGCGCGAGCUCAUCCUCUGGCUUGCUCAAUGCGCAGCUUCUAUCUUUAAACGACUCUCGGAGCCUGUGCAGCCACGCUACAACAAAGCUAAGGAUUUGGCUGCCACUUACAAGGUGCGUUGUGACGCUCAUAAGACUGCACAUCGUUUUGCUGACUGCGCCAUGCUGCGUUCGCCCUCUAAGACCUUCACCGUCAACCGCAAGAUGCCUAUGUUUGUGGGUCGCCACGAGAGGACGCUCACCUUGGAUGGAGACUGGGUCCAUAUCAUGUGCGUUGCACUUGACAAAUUAUCAGCGUGCAGCGAAUUCUGAACACCCGCUCGCUUCUUGCACCAGUCCGACGGAUUCUCGGGCAUUUCAUGCUCAUGCUGCCAGGUGAGUCGUUGGACCAAUUCUGAGGGCGUACGUUCGGCAGCUGAACUCGAAAUUUCUUUUAACACACGCUCAAAGCUUCCCCAUUACAUCGGUCGUCAGCUGUGCCCAAUCGACCAAGCUCCCUUCGGGUUUCAAACUUGUUGUCGCCCGCGAGACGUUGCGGGACACCAAGCGCUACGACUUUGAAUGCGCGAGCGCACGCGAAGCCGGUCAGUGUCUUGGUUGCUGGGCUGGUCGAUACAUCUCCUAAAGCUGACUUGCCUCUCGCUCGUUCCAAUCCAGCCGAAAUUGUCGGAGAGGUCAAUUUGCGCAUACGUCGUUGA